AUAUUUUAAUUGUUAUUUUGAGAUGAACUGAGUAACCCAGGAUGACCUCAGAGGAGUUCAGUUCAUCCGGUUGCCUAGACUUCACACGGAUGGGGCUCUGCAAGCUGCCCUGUGCUGUGUUGCUUGCUCUCCCGGAUGGGUCAGUGGACCAGCCCUGUCAGCAACUCUGAUACGACUUGUUACAAAACCGGGAAAUUCCCUGUGAAAAUCAAAUCACGCAGAUAACAGCAACUUUUUUGGACAGUCACCAGAAGUCAAGGCCAGGUCAUGGAGAGCUCCAUGUCACAGUUAAUUUCUGCAGCCAACCCAAAUCCUCGGAUCCAAGUCGCCAGCAGAGGAAGAGCUGGGCCGGCACUGGACGUUCUGGCUGGCGUGGGGAGCUCCCCGGCUGAGCCGCCCCCGGGGAGCACCGGGACGCAGGCUCGGCGGUGGAGCACAGCCCUGUGGCCGGCCCCAUCCCGGUACAGCGCAGCGGUCUCAUGGAGCAAGUCUCGGAGGAGAGCCGUCCAGCUCCCCGUCUUCGCCCGUCCCGGCGCUCUCCCGGCUUUCCGGCACACGGCAGGAGCCUCUCGGGAGGAGGCGCCCGGGGGAAACGAAACUCCGCCGGCCGCUCCGCCCCGGGCCGGGCCGGGCCGGGCCAUGGCUGCCGCUGUCGACCUCGAGCGGCUCCUGGGCGCCGUGGACCUGAGCUGCGCUUGCUGCCUGCAGUACUUCACGGAGCCCGUGCGGCUCACGGGCUGCAGCCACAGCUUCUGCCGGCCCUGCAUCAUCGAGUACUGCAAGGGGAGGCAGCGCGCCGGCUGCCCGCUCUGCCGGGAAGGCUUCGAGCUGAAGGACCUGCGGCCCAACCGGGAGCUGGCCGCUUUGGUGAGCUUAAUCCUGCAGGAGGUAAAGGAAGAAGGGCUGGAAACACGGGAUGAACCGAAACCCUCCGGAGCUGUUGCCUGCAACGACCGGAGCUCGGCGGGGCGACCUGGGAAGCAGGAGGACGAGAUAUGGGACAUCUCCAAGCAACUAGAAAUGACUAUAGAGACCAUCCAUCUCUUGAGGAAAGAUCUCAGUAAAACAAAGGAAUAUACAUCUGAGAUCAAAAGCCAGAUUACUAAAGAUUUCUGUUGCAUGAAGGAAUAUGUUGAAAGACAGGAGAGAAACACACUGAUGUUUAUUGAACAAGAGCAAAAAGCAGCUCAACAGAAAAUUGAAGAGACUAUUCACCAGCUCUGUGUUGAAGUGGACAAGCUCACAGACAUCCAAGCCCAAACAAGUGACUUACCUGAGAGACAUAGUUACAAAGGCUUACCUUCAGCAAGGAAUCAAAUUACACUUGAUGAGAAGCUUAAUGUUGUCAAAAGUGCUGUAGAAGAUCUUAAGAGAAAGAUGGAAAUUUUAAUUUUGGAGAAAUAUUCUUGGAAGUUCCCACCAGUGCAACCUCCAGACUUGCAUCAGGAGACAAGUGUCUGCUCAUUAUCUCCAGAGUCUGCAGCUAAAAAUCCAGAACCAACAAUUUCAAGCCAGUUUUCUCAGUGGGCAGAUGAUGUGACUUUUGAUCUCACAAGAGUAUAUAAGCGCUUAGCAAUCACAGCCCAGAACAGGAAAGUAAUGGUUUCCAGCUACCCGACUGAUUAUGAACCAUUGCCCAACAGAUUCUGCAUCAGCCAAGUGAUGUGUUCGCAGAGCUUCUCUGCUGGGUGCCACUACUGGGAAGUAAUUACCAAGGACAGUGAUGGAUGGGCUGUUGGAGUUGCUCAUGGAACAAUUGGUAAAAGGGACAAAUUAGGAAGAACAGAGCAUUCCUGGUGUGUAGAAUGGCUAGGUCCCAAAAAGCAGCUGUCAGCAUGGCAUAAGGAUCAAGAGACAUUGUUACACAAGGAUAAACCAUUGAAGGUUGGAGUUUUUCUGGAGCUACAAAAGAAGACUGUGUCAUUUUACUCUAUCACUGACAAAGCAAUGCUUUUGCAUACUUUUGAAAUCAAUACCUCAAAUCCUCUUUACCCUGCUUUCUGGCUAUAUAGUCUAGAAAGAAAUGGAUCUUUAACUAUAAAUCAUACGAACAGGAGAUAAAGCCUGUUCAGAAAAGUGACAAUUUUGCCUAUGACUGCAGAACUUCUAUACAAGCUUCAGUGUUUAGCACAGGAAUUUACCAAGGAGUAUAUAGCUACCCAGGCUUUCGUGGAAAUCUUUGUCUGCUCUGCUUUUCUUCAUGCUGUGCUCUGAUCUAGCCAUUCUUCAUUAAAGCAAUUCCAGUGUAUGCUAAAGGUGGUAACCAUCA